UGAAAUAAAAUAAAACUAAAAAAUACAAUAAACAAAUACAAAGAAAAAAAUACUUCGAUUUUUAAUAUGGUAAUUUCAUCUCAUUCAAUAUGAGAAAACUUUGGGCACUUUUAGUUAUACUCAAUGUGGCAGUUCACGAAAGUGGAGCCAUACGUCCCGCCACCACAAGCGAUGCACAAACUAAAUGCGGUUCCGUGUUAUGUGAGAUGGUAUCAGAGGUGUUUAGCAAAGCGAAGUUGAGUUAUGGGUAUAAUUAUGUGCAUACAAUACCAGCGGGAGCGUUGAAUUUGACAAUAAAACAGUUGGCACGAAGUGAUAAUCUUUUGGCACUUAAAACAACUGAUGACAUUUUCCUUUUUAACGGUAAUAAUCGCGCAUCGGAGAGUGGCACAUUUGAGUAUGAUGGUGAUUCUUACGAUUACAACCGUGAAUUGAGCAUAAUAACUUCAAAAGGUCCGAUAAGUAGUCCUGUGGUGCUGUUGCUUUUUGUGCGCGGACACAAUACAGGGGUUAAAUACGAUUACACAAUACCCGUACCAUCGGCUUCAAUAGCUGAAGAGGAUGAGCUGCAGUCGCAAUGGAAUGAAGUUGGCCAACCCUUGGACGAUGGCGAUGAGAACAGCGUCGAUGGGACAGUGUCGGUUCAAGUAACACGCGCACGUGAACGCAAGCGACGGAAGUUUUCAUGGAAGCUACUCGGUUUUGGGGAAUGCAAUCGUUCGUGCGGGCCUGGUAUACAACCACCCAUCUUUCGUUGUAUACGCGAUUCGCCAACACGUUAUUAUUCACCAAAACGUUGCGCCUUUGUCGAGAAGCCAGUCUUUAGUGAGGACAUCUAUCGUUGUAAUCGUGGUCUAUGCCCAGCUUAUUGGCGCGCUGCAGACUAUGGUGAAUGCAAAUGCUCCGAAGGGCAAGCAGAGGGUUUACGCACACGUUACGUGAAUUGUGUGCAGGAGCAGAUAAAUGGUAAAGUUGAAAUGGUUGCUGAGAAUUUGUGUGAACAAGAAAAACUGCCAGAGUUGAAUGAGACUUGCAAUUGUCCAAAGCUGAAUAGGCGUAAGAUUUACGCACGUGGCCCAGACAAGACGCCACGUGUAUUUUCGCGCUUGGUAAUAGCACCCACAUUGGUGCGUAGCACUUAUAAUUCAACUACUCCAUUGCGUCGACAUCUGCGCGAUGAUCGUGUAGAUAAAUCGGGUGUUUGGCUAAUGUCCGAGUGGAAUCAAGAGUGUUCAAUAGAUUGUGGCGCUGGCUAUGAGCAUCGUUCGAUUUAUUGCGAUCGCACACCGCCUUACACAGAUCUGUGUGAUCUUCGCUACACUCCGGAGCAAAAGCGUAUUUGCAGUGGUCGUCAACAAGCAGCUGCUUGUGAGUACGGCACGUGGUUUGCUUCGGAGUGGAGUAACUGUACGGGCGACUGUCUUAAUUUGCAACGUAAACGUGUGGUACUUUGUCUGCGAGAUGGUGUGGCAGUGGAUGAAUCCGAGUGCGAUCUCAUUCUACGACCGCGUGCUGUUAUGAAUUGCACCCACAAAGAGGUGACUUUCUGUGGGCCGAAGUGGCAUUACUCGGAGUGGUCGGAGUGUUCUCGCUCUUGUGGCGAGGGUGUUCAAAGGCGUUAUGCAAAGUGUUUGGAAUUUGAUUGGAAACAAAAGGCUAUGGUUGAAUCCGUCAACUGUAAAUACUUAGAUCGCGAACCGGUUUAUGGAACGUGUAAUGUGCAAAAAUGUGAAGAAUUGAACACUCUAUUCGAUGUGGAGCGCGAUACUUUGAAGCCAGUCGAACCAGAUGUCAGAUGUAAAGAUGAUGUGAGUAAUUGUCAGCGGAUAAAUCGACAACGAUUAUGUAAAUUGCAUUACUACAAAACUUACUGCUGUGCAACAUGCGCCGGCUAUGCUUAGAAGAGCCGCAUACAUACAUAUGUAUGUAUGUAUGUAUGUAAGUGACAGGCAGGAAAAAGCGGCAAUUUGGGAAAGAUUUGUCUGCAGCAGAGAUGGGUAGCAGCGUUGGAGCAGAAAUAAUUCUAAUUGUAUUUAAAUUAUUUUAAAACAACUUACAACAAUAACCAUAAGCUAAUAUUAAUUUAAAAAUCUAACAUUUUAAGUAAUCAGCUUAGUUCAUAAGGUGCCAAAUGAAAAAUAGAAAUAAGAGUAAAACCUUUUAAUUCACUUCACAAAGUAAUUAUUUGAAGAACGAGAAAGAAAACCUCGAAUCUUAGUUUUUUUAAAUACUUUAAUAGAAGGCAGUUAUUUAAAUAAUUUUGGUUCCAAUUAGAGAUAUGCGAAUAAUCAACUAUUCGCAAAAAAAUUUGCGAAAACUGAUUGAGCAAAAAAAAAAAAUUAUUAUAAUUAAAUUCAUAAGAGCUGAAUUUUUUUCUUGUCUUAAUAAUAUUCCAUAUUGAAAAAAUUGCAGCUAUUGCGAAUGAUGCGCUGAAAAUUAUUUAAGAAAAUUGCAGAUCAAUUUAAAAAUAUCAGGAUACAUUUUUCUCUUUCGCUUUACCUUACUCGCAAUAAAAUAAAUAUUUUUAAUACCUUUUUUUUGGAAUUACGCAUUUAGUCUUAAUUUCCUUCCGAAUGUUUCAUCAAUACAAGCUAUAUUUCGACAGACUAGAGAUUGCCCGCGACCGAAUAAAAAAAAAUAAUUUAUAAAUUAUUAUGCUAAAAUAUAUGAAAAAGAAAGAAAAGUUUUCCACAUAUGAGUCUAGGCAAAGAGGUAUCUAUGCUCCCGAUAUAAAAAACAAAUCGAACUAUGAGUACGAUUUUUUCGAACAGGCCUCCACAUAUUGACCUUGGCAAAAAGCCUUUUACUUAUGCUCAACAUAUUAAACCAAACCGAGCCAUUGAAUCGCCUUCUCCGUAGCAAUCUAGGCAAAUAUAUAUCAGCUAAAUGAAAUGAGUAAUUAAGUUUAAUUUUUUCGGUCCAAACUUACUUCGCGGAAGAAAAAAGUGUACCAAUAACAAUUCGUACUUGAAGCUACUAUUAUACUAAGUUUUGUGUAAAUCAAACGAUGAAUACAAAAAUUUCAAAUAGAUCGAUCUCUGAUCCACUUCCCGAAAAAAAAAUUAUCUCUUAUGUGAAUUUAAAAGGUACCUUUGUACCAAAGGAUUUAAAUGUAAACUUGAUUUUUUCAAAUAGAUCGGUUAAAGAUGCUCUUUCCAAAAACCUUUAUAAAGAUCAUACGCAGAACACACCCAACAAGUUCCCGGUCUCUACGACAAGUGGUUUAAGCUGUGCUUUUAUCCAUCAGUCAUUCAAGACAAAGUGUUGUA